CAAACAAGAACAUCCUCUGAAAGUAUUUAUUCCAGACCAGGUUCCAGUAUACCUGGCUCACCAGGCCAUACUAUCUAUGCAAAAGUAGACAAUGAGAUCCUUGAUUACAAGGAUUUAGCUGCCAUUCCCAAAGUCAAGGCCAUUUACGACAUUGAACGUCCAGACCUAAUUACCUACGAACCAUUCUACACUUCCGCCUACGAGGACAGACAAGACAGACAGAGUCUUGGAGAGUCUCCAAGGACGCUGUCUCCUACACCGUCUGCAGAAGGAUAUCAGGAUGUUCGGGAUCGAAUGAUUCACAGGUCAACUAGCCAAGGCUCUAUCAGUUCUCCUGUAUACAGUCGUCACAGCUACACACCCACAAUGUCACGGUCCCCUCAGCAUUUUCACAGACCUGGCAAUGAGCCGUCCAGCGGUCGGAACUCCCCUGUCCCUUAUCGGCCAGACAGCCGCCCUCUAACUCCAACUUACGCUCAGGCCCCUAAACAUUUCCAUGUUCCAGAUCAAGGGGUCAACAUUUACAGAAAACCACCCAUCUACAAACAGCAUGAUGCAGCUGCUUUGGCAGCACAGAGCAAGUCCUCCGAGGAUAUCAUCAAGUCCUCCAAGUUCCCAGCAGCCCAUGCGCCAGCACCCAACGAGAUACCAAAGAUUGAGACGGACCACUGGCCAGGUCCUCCCUCCCUUGCGGCCGUAGGCGCUGACAUGAGACGCAGAUCAAGCGGCAGAGAGGAAGAGGAUGAGGAGCUACAGAGACGUCGACAGCUACAGGAGGAGCAGCUCAUGAAGCUCAACUCAGGGCUGGGACAGUUGAUAUUAAAAGAAGAAAUGGAAAAGGAGACCCGUGAUAGGUCAUCCCUUUCUGCCAGUCGUUAUGACUCUCCAGUGAAUUCAUCACAUGCUGCAGCCUCCAAGACCUCCUCUCUUCCUGGCUAUGGAAGAAAUGGACUGCACAGGCCGGUGUCCACAGAUUUUGGUCAGUACAACAGCUAUGGUGACGUGAGCGGUGGUGGUCGAGAUUUCCAGUCCCUCCCGGAUGGUCAUGUCCCUGGAAUGAGAAUGGACAGAGGAGUGUCUAUGCCUAACAUGUUGGAACCAAAGAUUUAUCCAUAUGAAGUGCUCAUGGUGACCAACAGAGGACGAAAUAAAAUACUAAGAGACGUGGACAGAACCAGGCUCGAGCGCCACCUAGCCCCUGAGGUUUUCCAGGAAAUAUUUGGCAUGACGAUACAGGAAUUUGACAAGUUACCUCUGUGGAGACGCAACAACAUGAAGAAAAAAGCAAAACUCUUUUGAGCUAUCCACAUCCGUGUCCCCUUAGCCGACCGACAGCAAAUGCAUAGGAUAACAUGCUGUAUAGUCUCAACCCCAUCUGGAGAGGAGCCACUCCUUCACAAAAAGGGAAAACCUGAUAAGGACACUUGCAUUCGUAGUGAUUGGGCCAACACGAACACUUGCCAAUGGGGGCAGAGGGGAGGAAAUUUCUGUGUUCAGAAAUCUCAACAAUAGUUUUCACGUGUAUAAACUUUUUACAUGAUGUUGUAUAACACAAUAGGAAGCUGCUCUUUUCUCCUCCACAAUAAUAUUCCCUUUAUUUUUUUUGUCUAUAAUACAAUGGAUUUAAUUGCUAGAGCCAGAAAGUGCCCUUAGGAUGCUUAGUAAACCGAAGUAGCUGUAAUCACUCCAAGAAUUGAAUAUAUAUAUAUAUAUAUGUGUGUGUGUGUGUGUGUGUGUGUCUGUGUGUGUGUAUCUAUAUAUAUAUAUAUUCUGUAGGUAAGGAAAAAUCCUGUAUAUCCAUACAAUGACAGAAAUCUCGUUUUUUGCACAACUGUUCCUUAAUUGGCACUCUUUUCAAAUGGCAUAUUCCUCUUGUGAUUCCAACCAGUGAGGCAGGCAGACUGCUCUGUUUUGCUGCAUACCAACCGAAUUAUUGGCAAACAAACUCCCCGCUUGUCCUUGUAUAUAUUUGCUAGGGUAUCAGUAGUGAAUUGCUGUGUUUGUUGUCUAAUCUUCCCACCUCCACACUUUCUGCUUCAAUUAAUGUGACUUGGGCUUAGCCAGUCAUUUAAGUAACGGGAAUGGUGGAGAAGUAGCAGUUUUCCAGUUGUGUAGUCUGGGGUUUGGGAUGGGAAUAAGUAAAGUGUUUAAAGAAAAAAAGAUUCUCCUCAAAUAUGCCCUGGUUCACCCCCACAGAAUAGGGGCCAAAUUCCCUGCUAGGAAAAAUAACUUCCGGGGAGUUGAAGUGAUUGAUACCAGCAGAGAAUCUGAAUCCUGUGCGAGCAGACAUAAUUUAACUGCUCUUGUGCAAAAAGAUGCAAUCUUGCAGCAUCUUGUGCCGACAUAGAGUUUUAGUUAAACCACUGCUGCAGUUGCAGACACUGAUGUAGCUGCGCGGUAGAUGAAGUUAAGUACUCUCUCUUUGGGUUCUAACAGAAUUUCACUUGUGCUUUAAAAGGAGGGUUUGAAAUUUUUCUUUCUUUCUUUUGAUGCUACAAAGCUGCAGCCUUGGUUAUUUAUAUCUUUAUUUUCCUUUUCCUUUGUGCUUGGCAUGGUGGGCAAAGGAUGGUUGACCAAGUUACACUCAUAUAGCUUGCAGGUUUUUCCCACUGUGCUGCAGUCUGUAUAUAACUGAAUGGCUUGGAGAGCAGGCUGUGUCCACAGGAGGACGCGAGUACCACAUUGAUCUAUCUCCCUGAAUGAAUGCUUGGCUGCUGAAAGCUCAGCUUCUUCUCUUCCUGGGUGCUUAACUGCCAACAUAUAAAUGUAUUGAUAGGCCUCUCCUUUGCUUGUGGGCGAUUGCCUUUUAGGUUCAUUGCAAGUCUGGUGAGACAUAUCAAGGUUUCACUUUUCGGGUUAAGAGAAUCACUGUGGGAGACACCAAACACCUGUGUAUUUUCUGUUGCUGGAGACAUGAGAAGGCAGUGACCAAGUCUUCCAGAUCCUGUAGGAGCUGAGAGAUCUGGUAUCAUUGCACUGAGUUCCCCCACACACUGCCUUUAGUCGCUUCUGCUGCAGCAGGGCAGCGGGCUGAUCCUUUUCCAUUUCCAGGAUAGACCAAAUCCUGCUUCCUCUUGCCCAGGACACACUAAUGCCACAGCAUCAGUGCAGUCCCACUGAAGAAGUCUGGGCUUGAGGGUUCAGUAUUUGGGGAGACUGUUUCAAGGGGUUCACCUAUCGUGCAUGCUCAGGUUAAGGAAAUAGUGCAAAGCAGUGGAUGAGCUGGUAGGGUUGCUGCUAUACAGGCCUAGUAGACAUUACCUUCAUGGAGUAAGUGUGCAGAAGCUUUCAGCAGACACUGGGACAUUAGCCCACAUUGAUCCCUGAGGUAACUCCACUGACUUUGCUGGGGUUUCAGCAAGGAUCAGUUCAGCACGUUUUAUGCUAUAUUCCAGAACAAGCAUAAUAAGUAUUUCCAGAUUAGUUUAUCAAAUUAGUGGGAGUGUUAUGGACACUGCAAGAUCAGAUGCAAACUGGGAUUACCAGGAAAAGGAGCAAAUGGCUCGUGAUUUGGGGUUUAGUUGGGUGGGAUUUCUGGAAAUGUGUUUAUUGCUGGCAGAUUUCAAGAUUUUGGGGGGGGUCAUUUCCCAAAAUAUGUUAGACCCCACAUAACAGUGGGGAGGUGCAUGUGAGCAACAUAUUAUAAGAUCAGGGUGUUAGAUGUAGGAAUAAAUUAACCAUGUGUUAAAAUGGGACAGGUUUUCCAUUCAUCAGCUUCUCUACAAACCUGGCCAGGUGCACACUCCUAUUCCAUGGUAAGUGGAAGCUACAUAACUCCUCUUUCACUGAGGACUAAGCCAGUGUUUCCCAACCUUUUCCAGUCCAAGGCACACUUACAUUAAUAAUUUUUUUCUGCGGCACACCUGUUAAGGCAUUCCCCAUCCUCAUACCUAUUGUAGCGCAUUGCCAUGUCAAAACUGCGCAGCACACCUGUUCAUUUCUGACAGCACAUCUUUGUGCUGCAGCACACUGGUUGGGAAACACUGGACUAAGUAAGCUACUACAUCUUCUGCUUAGCCCAGGGCAGGAAUGUGCAGAUGGCUGUUACCACUGAGCACCUGAUGUGGAGCCCACUCCUUUUGGCACCGUGAUGAGUUCUGCUGUCCUUGCCCUCAGUCAUCUUCCCACUUUUACUUUUCACUUCAGGCUGCAUUGCAUAACAUUCCUCUGAGGCCACUCUUGCCCCUUCAAGCUGCACUCCUCUUCUUAGAAAAACAUAAAAGGCUCAGACAGAAGUGACAAUUUUUGCCCAAUCUGAUCACUGAAAGUGCUCUACAGCCGUGAGCAAACACAAGCGUGUGGCUGCAGAGCAUUUUAAAAGGGCCUGAUCCUGCGACAGUCUGAACCCUCAUUGCAUGAGCCCUGCUCCCAGUGCUGUUUUCAGGCUGGGAGUGGGGGAAGGAAGCAGAGGGAGUUUGGUCUGUGUUU